AUGGUGUUCGAGUCCCUGGUGGCAGAUCUCCUUAAUCGAUUCCUUGGCGAUUUCGUCGACAACCUCGACGCCUCACAACUCAACAUUGGCAUUUGGGGAGGUGAUGUGAAAUUGGAAAAUCUAGAAGUCAAAGAAACAGCGUUAGAUGAUCUCGAUUUGCCGAUCAAAUUAAAAUUUGGUUACUUGUCUACGCUAAUACUCAAGAUACCCUGGAAGAAUCUAUACAAUGAGCCGGUGAUUGCUAACAUCGAUGGUCUGCAUUUGAUUGUUGUUCCCAACAAAGGCGUUGUCUACAACGAUGAGAAGGCGAAGAAAAAUGCCGCUGAAGUCAAGCAAAAGACGCUUGCUCGCCUUGAGGAAGCACGCAAAAAUCGCCGAAAGCCACCAGAUCCAGCACAGGACACUUUCGUAGAGAAAAUGAUAACGCAAAUUACUGUGUCUAAUAUUCAUGUUCGCUUUGAGGAUAAGUUUACAAAUAGACAUCGUCCUUUCGUGGCUGGAGUCACACUUGAAAGGCUCGAUUUCCAAACAACUACCGAGAAUUGGAUUCCUACGAUUCAUAGAGACGUUGUUAAAAUCUUCCAUAAACUUGUUUUACUUGACAACCUUGCCGUCUACUGGAACUCGGGUUCGGAAUUGUUCUCAGAUCUGACUGAUAAGAAGGAGAUCCGACGGAAGCUCCAGGCUACGAUUCACAACGGGAAGAAUCAGCCUGAUGGUUAUAAAUACAGUGAGUGGUAUUAA